CCUUCAUUUUUGAAUUGAGCUCUAACAGAACACUGACAAUUUCAUUUAGGUAAAUAAAUGUAAGCGAACAGAAAAGCUUAUUAGACUCUUUUUACCGUUUUGGAACAACAUGCACUGACUGGUGCUGGAGCUUUUCUUUGGGGAACCUCACGAACUGGUUUGAAGAGACGUUAACCGGAGAUAAUUGAGUUCUACCUCGUUAUCUUUACAACCCAGCAGUUAGCUAAGUUAGCUAGAGACCUAAUCGAAGGUUUGAACAUCACAGGGUUUCUGCCAUGGCUGAAAGCAGCAUGCUGACUUUGGGGCAUGCCCGGAGUCUGUUGGUGGAUUCUUCAGUGUAUGACUCCAGGAUUGUUGAAACCACUAAGGACCAGUGCUUCCUGGGGAUGACCAGUGAAGAUGGGGAAGAUAUGUUGCCCAAAGUGGAGACACAAGUUGUUCUGGUGGGAGAAGCAGGCAGAAAUGAAGCUCUUGUGAAAGCCCUGCAGGCCAUCAGAGUAAUGGAGGUACCUGUGGUAAAGAUAAGAGAAGGCGAUGCGGGUUCCAAGGAGAAAAUGAUGAUAAAAUCUAUAGUCAAUAUGGAUAUCAACACACCGUUCAUAAAGACGGAAAACGUCCAGGGAUUUGCAGAUGGAGACAACACAGACUUUGAGAGGGUGUUUGUCCUCACAGACUUCAGCUCCCCUGACUACAUCUACCUCUACAAACAUGAGAACCGCAUCGUUGGGCCUCCUGUCGUGCUGCGCUGCGCUGCUCAGGAAGAGCCACUCCAUUUUUCAUGCCGUCCUCUUUACUGCACUGCCAUGCUGAACCUGUCGCUGUGUUUAACUGGCUUUAGGAACAAGGAGGAAAUGAAAAGCUUGGUGAAUUUGGUUCAUCACAUGGGUGGAACAAUCCGGAAAGACUUCAGUGCCAAGGUCACUCAUCUUGUUGCUUACUCCACUCAUGGAGAGAAAUACAGGCUGGCAGUGUGUAUGGGAACUCCCAUUCUUUCUCCAUCUUGGAUACAGAAGGCAUGGGAAAAAAGAGACCAUAUUCAUUUUCAUGCAAAUGAUGAGGAUUUCCGAACAGAGUUCAAAGUCCCUCCCUUCCAGAACUGCAUCCUAAGUUUUUUGGGUUUCUCAGAGGAAGAGAAGUUCAACAUGGAGGAGAGGACUCUUAAACAUGGUGGCCGAUAUGCUGAGGUUGGAGAUGACCAAUGUACACACAUGGUGGUGGAGGAGAACUCUGUGAAGGAUUUGCCAGUUUCUCCCUCCCAGAAACUCUUUGUGGUCAAACAGGAGUGGUUCUGGGGAAGCAUUCAGAUGGAUGCUCGAGCUGGGGAAUCCAUGUACCUGUAUGAGAAGAAUGACAGUCCCACCAUGAAGAAAGCUGUGUCCAUGCUGUCCCUCACCACCCCCACCUCCAACCGCAAGCGCCGGCGUCUCAGGGACACCCUCGCUCAGCUCACCAAGGAAACGGAGAUUUCCCCCUUUCCGCCACCACGUAAAAGGCCGUCUGCAGAGCACUCUCUGUCCAUUGGCUCUCUGCUGGACAUCUCCAACACCCCUGAAACCUGCAAGGCUUUAGGAGAAGACAGAUUAGAGGACAGUACUGUGACCAGGGCUAGGAUAAGAAGAAGGAAAACCGGAGAAAGGAGGUCUAGGUCAGGCAGGGAAAGGAGGAGAAAAAGGUCCCACCGGAGUGCUGGUCAGCAAACGUCUGAAGAUCAGCAGCAAGGAACAUGUGCAGAGAGCUCAAAACCUUCCAAAAGUUCAACUCCAGUGGUUUCCAAGCAGUCAGCCAGGUGGCAGGUCUCCAAGGAGCUCUAUCAGACCGAAAGCAACUAUGUAGAUAUCUUAAACACCGUCCUGCAGCUUUUCAAACAUCCAUUAGAAAAAGAGGGCCAGGUCGGUGGACCCAUCUUGGCCCAGGAGGAAAUUAAGACCAUUUUUGGCAGCAUUCCAGAAAUCUACGAGGUUCACACCAGAAUAAAGAAUGACCUUGAGGAGCUCCUCACAGACUGGUCAGAAAGCAGAAGUGUUGGAGAGAUCAUUCUCAAAUACUCUAAAGAGUUAGUGAAGACCUAUCCCCCAUUUGUAAACUUCUUUGAGAUGAGCAAAGAGACCAUUGUUCGAUGUGAAAAACAGAAGGCCCGCUUCCAUGCUUUCCUCAAGAUCAACCACGCCAAGCCAGAGUGUGGCAGGCAGACGCUUGCAGAGCUGCUCAUCAGACCAGUGCAGAGACUACCAAGUGUGGCCCUCCUCCUCAGUGAUAUAAAGAAACAUACAUCAGAUGACAACCCAGACAAGAUAACUCUGGAAAGAGCAAUAGAGUCCCUAAAAGAAGUGAUGACACACAUCAAUGAGGACAAGAGGAAAACUGAAGGCCAGAAGCAAAUCUUUGAUGUUGUCUAUGAAGUUGAUGGAUGUCCUGCCAACCUGCUGUCGUCCCAUCGAAGCCUGGUGCACCGAGUGGAAACCAUCGCUCUGGGAGACGAGCCGUGUGACCGCGGCGAACACGUCACACUCUUCCUCUUUAAUGACUGCCUGGAGAUUGCCAGGAAGCGUCACAAAGUGAUCAAUACGUUUAAAAGUCCAGUGGGGCAGUCCAGGCCUCCCCCUCCGCUGAAACACAUCGCUCUCAUGCCGCUGUCACAGAUUCGCAAGGUGCUGGAUCUGCAUGACACUGAAGAGUGUGUGAAUGCAUUUGCCCUGGUGGUCCGGCCCCCCACCGAACAGGAGAACUUGUUGUUCAGCUUCCAGCUGGCCGGAGAGGAAACGGUUAAACGUGACUGGCUGCGUACUCUGUGUCGUCAUGUUGCCAACACCAUCUGCAGAACUGAUGCGGAGGAUCUGAUUCAAUGCACAGAACCAGACUCUCUGCAGGUCACCACUAAGGAUAUGGAUAGCACACUAAGCAAAGCUUCCAGAGCCAUUAAGAAGACCUCAAAAAAGGUAACAAGGGCAUUUUCUUUCACUAAGACCCCCAAGCGUGUCCUCCAGAGGGCCUUCUUGGCCAACAACACUCCAGACGAGAAAAAUCAGAGGCUGAGCUGUGAGAACCGGGUUUGCAGCAGCUCAACGUUGGCUAUGCCCCGUUCUUCUUCCACAUUCAGUCUGAACGAAUUUACCAAAAACAGUGCUGUGGUUCAACGCUCCAACUCCUUGGAUCAUGCCCCUGUCAAACCUAGAAUCCCUGUGUGUAAAUGUAGCCCCUGCACUCCAGCCAAAACACACUCCUCCCACAUUGCAUCAAACACUUCCGGUGGUCCUGAACUCAAAUACACCUCUGUCGUCCAAGAAUACAGGUCCACCUCUCAUUCUGUACCAACAAUUCAACCCAAGUCAAUCCCACAGAAAUCCAUCUUCACACAAGCUGGUCUUGGCUCCCCUCAUCUUAAAAACAUCCAACCACAAUCUGGCCAGGAUCUGUCCAGAUGUCUUGCCUCUGGAGAUUUUCAGCCAAGAAGCCCAAGUCCUCAGCCCAUUACCAUGAAUACCAGGAUCUUUUCUGAGUCGUGCCUGGAUCCUCAAGUGGAGCCACAGUCUGCUGUACUGACCAGUCCUCGCAGAGAGAUGCUGAUCUAAACCGCCACUGACGUUAUUCCUGCAGUCCCAUGCGCACCACUCCCCCUCCAUGGUCAACCUGCAAACCAUGUUUGAGAGGAAGUACCACACAUUCUCCCGGUCAUCCACCCAUCUCUUUUGAUAUGUCACUGGUUGGUGAACCAGCUUCCUCCACCUCCAAGAUAAACUCAGAAAAUAUGUUUUCUGGUUAAAUCAGCUGGAGUCUCUGGACCAACUCUUCCAUGUUUCCAUUCUGAAGCUCUGAACAGUUUUUCCACAUGCAGAAAUGUGACAGUAUUUUAUUGAAGGAAUCCUCAGAAAGGACAUCUUGAUAUUUGCCAGUAUCAGAAUUGUCUUGUUUCCAUAGCAGUAUGAAGACGAUGCACCACUUCUUUUUCCUAAUGCAGGUUGUGAAGCCCAGCCCAUGGAUGUGGCUGGUAUUAUGAACUCUGAGCUGGAAUGGCAUGUUGUCAUGCUGAGGUUCACUGCACACUGAAAAAGAAAUGAAGGAGACUGUUUUAGUUAAAUUUUGCUGAUGUCCUGCAUUUACAAGGACCAAUUCUGUUCAUCUGCUUGGUCAGCUCACAGGUUGUUGACACGCCGCUGUUGAAUAUCCUCCAUGACUAGCCUGACUUGCUUUGUUUAUUGACACAUUGACAGUAGCUGUAGAGCGAGAGUACAUAUUAGUUUGUCUGUCCCUUGUUGUCUCUGCACUCUAACAUGUUUGCUAAUGUGAUUGUAAUUUCAAAGAUUUUUUUUUACCAAUUACUGUUCAGCUGUUCCUGUAAUAACAAAGUAACAUUUUUCUCUCACUGACUUAAUUCUCUUCAAUAUUAGACAAACAUCUAAACUGACAUGUUUUUAGUGGGAAAAUGUGUUUUUUACCUCUAACUUCAGCUCUUUUAUUUGACCUUUAUUUUCUGCAUGUAAACUAUUAUGGUUUACAGCUUUUAUAAAGCUGUAAACACGAGGUUGGGAAGAAGAAAAGCAUAUUAGUCUGCUUCUAUGUAUACCUGUUAUUGUCUACAAUGUGUGCAUGGGGGUGUUAUAUAAGUGUACAUAUUUAUUUUUGUCAUAAAUAGUUGACUGUGGCCAAUCUUUUUAUUGCUAUUUAUGUUUAUUCUGAUAUUGUCUGUAGUCUGAUACUGAUGUUUUACUGUUUGUCACUCAUUAUUUUAUCUCUAUAUUAAAUGCACUUAAACUUG